AUGGGAGGAAACAGGUGCAUGACUUUUCCUUUUAGUGAAAUGGUGGACAAGUUAAUGGAUGAGAAUGCUAGGCCUCCUAUUCGUAAGAAUGUCAAGCAGUUCAUGCUACUUGCCCUUGCCUCGCUACUCCGACCAUCAUCGUCACGGAAUUGUGAGCUUGACUCUUCGGAGUUCCACGUUGGGAAGAUUGAGCGGAUAAAAAGCUACGACUGGUCCGACCUUGUUGUAGCGGAAAUGAAGAGUAGUCUUGCUGCAGUUCAAGGAAAGGCAUUCCUUAACUAG